UCCUGAGCCGGCGCGCGGUGACCCGCCCCGGCUGGGGCGCGCGCGAGGGAAAUCAGACUGUCCCGGAGUAGUGUUGGCUGGCGGGGGCGAUAUAUACCUGCCUACCGCAGUGACAAUGGCUGUGUUUCACGACGAGGUGGAGAUCGAGGACUUCCAAUAUGAUGAAGACUCGGAGACCUAUUUCUACCCCUGCCCCUGUGGGGAUAACUUCUGCAUUACCAAGGAAGAUUUGGAGAAUGGGGAAGACGUGGCAACGUGUCCUAGCUGCUCUCUGAUUAUAAAAGUAAUUUAUGACAAGGAUCAGUUUAUGUGUGGAGAAACAGUCCCAGCCCCUUCCACUCACAAAGAAUUAGUUAAAUGCUGAAGAAGCCUUUAGGAAUCCAAAUACUGAACAUUUGGGAAUGAACCAGGCUGGAAAUCAAAUGCAAAAUUACUGGCUUCUUCCCGAGGGCAACCAUUCUGCAGCUGGCUCUUCCAUGAGAGUAUGGGCCCUUGCCGCUGGCUCCCAAGUUCACUCCAAUUAAAGAAGCAAGUGCACGACACGACAUGCCUGGAUUUUGUGCUUAGAUCUUUGAAUUGUACGUGUUCUGAAUUUUCCAUGUGAAUUUUGUGUCUUACACCUGAUUUCUUCCUGAUCCGAUCGCAGCAUCAUCUACCUCAAAGUCGUUAGGAUUCCUUAAUAAAAAAGGGGGUUAUAUUUUUGGCUUAGUUAUUAAAGUUAUUAAAAUUAGCCCUUUCUUUGAAAUUGGACAUCAGCUUUGCUGUUCUAAACUCAGAUCAGCUGCUCUGUCCACAUCGCACUUUCAGUUCCCACACCAAGCCAGUCUGAGGUCUUGCACUCACUAGAAUGUUCAUGUUCUGUGUAGCACACCACUUCCACGAUACUUCCUGCAUGGAGUUCUAGUCAUGGUAUUAAAGAGGAAAUACACCGAGCUCACCAUUUUUCCAGAGCGAAAAGUUAGUGAAAAAAAGUCGAAAAGUGAAAUGAUCAAAGAAUCUGGAGUUUCCUUAUCAAUCUUCCACACGUUCCUUGAAAAUUGGGACAAGACAAAAAGAAAAGCAGCCGAAGGAAUGAAAUUGGUAGCAGAACGAGAGGAGGAUAAUCCUGCUAACUUAUAAAUUAAGCGCUUGAAUGGUUUUCCCAGGUCAGAGCAGACAAUAACUGUGUGUCUGGGUCUUGUUUGUCUGAUUGUUUUCAGGUAAAGCUAAUGAAAUUGCUUUUGAGAUAGGGUUUGUAUCAAGGCCUUAGGGCCGGCCGCAGUGCUUUCAGCGUUACCUCAAAAUCAACUUGCUGCCCCUAAAAAGUAAAGAUUCUCCACUCUUGCGUUUGCUGAAGAUGAACUUGAAGAGGAGAUGCCGAUAAAUGAACACGUCCCUGGAGAUGCAUCUAACAAGUGGUUAUAAGCUGUACCUGAACCAGACGUGCACUCUUAAAAGAAGUGUUAAAAGAAUUCAUAAAGCUAGGCUGGAAUUCUUUUAACACUUCCUUUGCUGCAGUGUAGUAGCAAGAAAUCAGAAUUACUUACACUAAAAUUCAGAAUUUUCUUUUAUAUACACAAUUUUGCUGUGUGUUUAUAGAAUUUAAAAACUCACUGAUGUCCAGCAGGUUGUUUGGGGAACAGUUCCUGCAAUUGGAAAAAAAUAGCUUGUCAGAACAUGACCGGUCUGUCACUGGUUGAUAACUGCACACACUCACCAAGGGCUUAAAACAAUUAGGUGGCCUUUGAACACACACACACAAAACACCUUCCAGCAGCACGCUUAUGUGCAGCCAUUACAUUAAAUCAAAAACUGUAUGCCAGAACUAUGUGUUGUACGUGAUACGGUGUUGUACAGCAUAUGCACGGAGUGAGAAGUCCCAUUGCUGUUCAGUGACGCUGAUGCCCCAGAGGAAUCCGCCAGUGAAUUGGAGCCAGCGGCAGCUUAGCCGAGAACAAGGUGUGUGCUAACUGCUGGGAAUUAACUGCAAAGAGAAACGAACUGUCCCAUGCUCAAACUUGAUGGUUUUGUAAGUCCCAAUAUUAACUCCUUCAGCUGAUGAUGAAUUUCAGACAGGAACAGGCACCCCUGAUGUAGGUCUACUGCGAACAUAGAAGGAAUAAAUGCCCAAGUCCAAACAUCCCAGGAGAAAAAAGCUGCAGUGGAAAUCGGUGAUCAGUGAUAAUCUGCGGUGAUAGGAGUGAUUUUGUUUCCAAAGCCACUGACUUCAUAAAUUUGUUAACUACAAAAGGACAAGGCUUAGUCCUAUGUUAAGCAGAAAGUAAAACCAUGGUGUUUCGUGUAUAACUAGAGUCCUUUGUGAUAUCAGGUGCCUUGUGUGUCUCACCCUGCCUUUCAGACCACCUCUGAGAACUGGUGUGUAAUCCAGGCUGUCUCUUACUAGCUUUGUAGUCUUUGGCAAGGCCAGCUGAUUUUUUACCUCUACAACUAGGAGACUCGAUCAGGUGAUUUCUGAACUGUCAGUGCUAGAAUUUCAGGCUUCACUUGUAGGAGCUGAAAUGGUCAUUGAAACCUUUAUACACUCAAAACUAAAUCAUGAACUAGUUGAGAAAGAGACUCCAUGCUUCUUUAGUGACUUGAUGUUACCACACUUCUGAGUUUGAAAAUAAACUGUUUAAAGGAUUCUGCAUAUAUUUUAGUGUACAUAUCCAAAGCACUCUUUUGGGAAAGCACCCAGUGGUUCUGAUUGCUGUGCAUAUUAAUUUAUUAUCAGAAUACAUUUUAUUGACAUGCUAAAUAAAAUCACUCAAAUUCAAA